ACAUGAAUAUCAGGAGGCAAAUGAACCUGAAGACAAUGAGAAAAGUCUUGUCCCGAGACUCUCCUGAGCCUCCAAGUUUAUAGUCAUGACCGGUUCAGUACUAUUCCUCAUGAAGUGGACUGCCCAUCGCCCACCCAUCCUAUCGUCAGUUCAGAGUACUGUACUGUACAAAGCACACCACCACCACCACUACUACCACCACCAACCCUCACCACCUUCUCAACCCAUCACCCAUCACCCCUACCCUUCACCCCUUCCACCGAAAAGAAAAAAACCCCACUCCCACCCCCGUCCCCGUCCCGAAAUGAAGGUGAUCGAGUGUCAAACGCCCGAGUGGGCAGCGGCUCUCCACCCGGGGCCACUAACGGGUUUCAUCGGGAGCCUGGCCGCAAUCAAUCCCAAACCGAGCCCUAAGUUGAGUGAAGCAUAUAAGUAGGUUUACAGGGUCUGCAGCACCCGCCCCAGCGCCAUGCUUUUUGUUUUUUUUCUUUUUCGGUCGUUAUCAACCAAGAUCUGUGAUCUGCGGUGCUCUGCUAUCCUUUCCUUAGAGCUGUGC